AUGGCUGUACCUGGACCUCCUCUGCUCCUUCUGUCUCUGCUGCUGCUGUUGGGGAAGGCAUCCCUGCCUGCAGCUGCAUACACGAUCGCCACCAGACCUCAGCAACAACACAAAAUCCUCCAGCUGGACUGGCCUGUGGACUGUGGUAUGGCCCAUUUCAAACCCAACAUGGCAGAGAGGAUUGUAUCCGGGAAUGAGGCCAGACCUCACUCCUGGCCCUGGCAGGUCUCUUUGCAGGUUCGUCCCAGGGGAAGUAAGCAAUACAUUCAUGUCUGUGGAGGAACUCUCAUCCACAAGAACUGGGUCCUUACUGCUGCUCACUGCUUCCAAAAGGGUAAAGCUGAGGAUGCUGGGAGCUGGAGGAUUGUCCUGGGGAAGCACCAGCUGAAGCGUUCAGAGACAGCAGAAAGGAUUAUCCCAGUGAAGAGAAUCUACCGGCACGAGAACUUCCGUUACCCUGCUCACAGUGAGCUGGACUAUGACAUCGCCCUGGUGAAGGCCGCCACAGACAUCCUCCCUUCAAACUUCAUUCGGUACGCCUGCCUGCCACACAAGCAGACCAGGCUCAAACCGGGACACUACUGCUGGGUGACGGGCUGGGGAGACACCCGGGGUGGGAAGGAGAACGUGUCUCUGGCAGAAGCCCUGAAUCAAGCUCGUCUGCCCAUCAUUGACUUCAUGACCUGUCGGCAGAAAAAAUUCUGGGGUGAACGUGUCCGAGACUCCAUGAUCUGUGCCGGGUUCAGAGACACCGAGGACCCACCUGCUGCAUGUCAAGGUGACUCUGGCGGUCCUCUGCUAUGCCAGCUGGGGCGGGACCGCUGGGAGGUGCACGGUGUGGUGAGCUUUGGCCCCAUCGGCUGCACCAUGGAAAACAAACCAAGUGUGUUCACUCGCACUGCCACCUACAUCCCCUGGAUCGAAGCAACACGCAUCAGGGACUUCUUCCUGCACUGAGCCGGCCACCUGACUCAGCUGACAACAAAUACAAGCUCUGCUCAAGUCCAUGUCAGGCUGAUGACUCCAAACUGUUCUUUUUGUCAGCCGCAGUUUUUGUUUCACAAUUUCUGAAACUUACACAACCACUUGAAAAUGUAAAUACGUGUUCUGUUCAAUUACUGUUUUAUAAUGCACCAUAUUUUACAGUAUACACUAUGUACUGUCCUGA